AUGCCUGAAGAUUGGAAAGAACUGUUAAAUCUUCCUGCUAGAGACACAAGACCUCAAACCGAGGAUGUUUUGAGCACAAAGGGUAAGUCCUUUGAAGACUUUAAUUUGAAGAGAGAAUUGUUAAUGGGUAUCUUUGAAGCAGGCUUUGAAAAGCCUUCACCCAUUCAAGAAGAAUCUAUUCCUAUGGCCCUUGCUGGUAGAGACAUUUUGGCCAGAGCCAAGAAUGGAACUGGUAAGACUGCCUCAUUUGUUAUCCCCUGUUUGCAAUUGAUUAAGCCUAAAGUCAAUAAGAUUCAAGCGUUAAUCUUGGUUCCUACAAGAGAAUUGGCCUUGCAAACAUCUCAAGUGGUUAGAACUUUGGGUAAACAUUUGGGUCUUCAAUGUAUGGUUACUACUGGUGGUACCUCUUUGAGAGAUGAUAUUGUUAGAUUAGAUGACGUUGUUCACGUUUUAGUAGGUACCCCAGGUAGAAUCUUAGACUUGGCCGCUAGAAGUGUGGCCGAUUUAUCAGCAUGUCCAUUGUUUGUUAUGGAUGAAGCUGAUAAAAUGUUGUCUCGUGAAUUCAGACGUAUUAUUGAACAAAUCUUGUCAUUUUUCCCUGAAAAGAGACAAUCUUUGUUAUUCUCAGCAACUUUCCCAUUGACUGUUAAAUCCUUUAUGGAUAGCCAUUUAAACAAGCCUUAUGAAAUUAAUUUGAUGGAUGAAUUAACUUUACGAGGUAUUUCUCAAUUUUAUGCCUUUGUUGAAGAGAAGCAAAAGUUACAUUGUUUGAACACUUUGUUCAGUAAAUUGCAAAUCAAUCAAUCCAUUAUUUUCUGUAAUUCAACAAAUAGAGUUGAAUUAUUGGCAAAGAAAAUCACCGACUUGGGUUAUUCAUGUUAUUAUUCACAUGCAAAGAUGCCUCAAGCAGCAAGAAAUAAGGUAUUCCACGAAUUUAGACAAGGUAAAGUUCGUAACUUGGUUUGUUCCGAUUUAUUGACUAGAGGUAUUGAUAUUCAAGCUGUUAAUGUUGUCAUUAACUUCGAUUUCCCCAAAACUGCAGAAACAUAUUUACACAGAAUUGGUCGUUCGGGUAGAUUUGGUCAUUUAGGUUUAGCAAUCAAUUUAUUAAGUUGGGGGGAUCGUUAUUCAUUAUAUAAGAUUGAACAAGAAUUAGGUACUGAAAUCAAGCCUAUUCCUGCAGUCAUUGACCGUGGAUUAUAUGUUGCAGAUGUUCCAGAUGCAAUCCCAAGACCAUUCAAGAUCGAUAACUUACCCAAGGGUAAUGAUAGCACCAAGAGUGGAUAUCAUUAUCAUGGCCAACCUGAAUCUCACAAUGGAGUCCCAAUUGAUCCUAACCAAAUUCCACAACAACAACAACAACAAGUUCCACCCCUUCAACCACAACAACAAAUUCCACAACAACCACAACAGCAACAACAACAAGUUCCACCCCCACAACAACAAAUUCCUCAACAACAACAACAACAACAACAACCAAACCAAUAUCAAGUUCCUCCUCAAUUCAAUGGCUACCCCCCACAGCAAUUCUCUCAAUACAAUGGGUACGCAAACUAUAGCCAAUUCCCACCUCAAGGGCAACCAGCUCCCCAACAUUAA